UUAGUCCAGUGCACACAGUAAGCGCUCCAUAAAUAGGAUUGACGGAAUUCCGCCCGCCCGCCCGGCGGCCUUGCUUUGGGUCCGCGGCACGUGAACCCGAGAAUUUUCGGAGCGGCCUUUCUGAUUGGCUCCGGACGGAAAAGGGGGCGGGGCCCGGAGCCCGACGGCGACACGUGGACGCGGCGGAGGACGAGCAGGAAGUAUCUGCCCCACGCAGCACCAGCCUCAGCAGCAGCCCAACGACCACAGCUAAACCAACCACCCGGAGCAUUUGAGAGGAGCAGAAGGAGCAAGGAGCACUUGCAGGGAGCAGAAGGAGCACCUGCAAGGGGCAGAAGGAGCAAGGAGGACUUUCAGGGAACAGAAGGACCACUUGCAAGGAGCAGAAAGGAGCAAGGAGCAGAAGGAGCACUUGCAAGGAGCUGAAGGAGCAAGGAGGACUUUCAGGGAACAGAAGGACCACGUGAAAGGAGCAGAAGGAGCAAGGAACACUUGCAGGGAACAGAAGGAGCACCUGCAAAGAGCAGAAGGAGCAAGGAGGACUUUCAGGGAACAGAAGGAUCACUUGCAAGGAGCAGAAGGGAGCAAGGAGCAGAAGGAUCACUUGCAAAGAGCUGAAAGAGCAAGGAGGACUUUCAGAGAACAGAAGGAGCACGAGCAAGGAGCGCUUGCAGGGAACAGAAGGAGCACGUGCAAGGACUGGAGGAGCAAGGAGGACUUUCAGGGAACAGAAGGACCACUUGAAAGGAGCAAGGAGCACUUGUAAGGAGCAGAAGGAGCAAGGAGCACUGUCAGGGAACAGAAGGACCACUUGCAAGGAGCAAGGAGGACUUUCAGGGAACAGAAGGACCCCUUGAAAGGAGUCGAAGGACCAAGGAGCACUUGCCAGGAGCAGAAGGAGGAAGGACCACUUGCAAGAAGCAGAAGGAGCACUUGCAAGGACCAGAAGGAGCAAGGAGGACUUUCAGGGAACAGAAGGACCACUUGAAAGGAGCAGAAGGAGCCAGGAGCAGGUGCCAGAAGCAGAAGGAGCAAGGAGCACGUGACAAGAGCAGAAGGAACAAGGAGCACGAGCAAGGAGCAGUGUCUCUGCAGGCGGGCUCUGGCUGAUGGAAGUCAAGUGGGGGCAUAAGAGGGGCACUUUAGGGAAUUCAGGAUGCUCCAAGGCUACAGUCCCGUGUUCCAGGCUUUCCUGGGGACCUUGUUCACCUGGGGCCUGACCGCAGCAGGAGCGGGAUUAGUGUUCGUGUUCUCCAGCAGACAGAGACGGGUCUUAGAUGGAAGCCUUGGAUUUGCUGCUGGGGUCAUGCUAGCCGCUUCUUAUUGGUCUCUCCUGGCCCCCGCCGUCGAGAUGGCCGAGUCGUCGGGCAAGUUCGGUGCCUUCGCCUUCUUCCCCGUGGCCGUCGGCUUCACACUCGGAGCCGCUUUUGUCUACUUGGCCGACAUCCUGAUGCCUUUUCUGGGCUUGGUAGAAGACCCCAACACGGCCUUGGCCCUGACAUGCGACCCCAGGCUGAUGAAAGAGAAGAGAGACCCCGAGGGCCCCCUGCCACCUGGCCCCGAGACCGAGCUCUCCAUCCGGAUAGGUAGACCCGGCCUCCACCCAGAUAAGAACGAGAACGGAGAAGCCUAUCUGAGAAAGAAAGGCACGGCUCCCCGCAUGCCCGAGUGGCCAGAAAUCCCUCUGUCUCCACAAGGAAGCUCACCAAAGCGGGGAAGAGAUAGCUGGAGGCGUAUCGUGCUACUGAUUUUAGCCAUAACGAUUCACAACAUUCCAGAAGGACUUGCUGUCGGGGUUGGGUUUGGAGCCAUUGGAAAAACAACAUCAGCCACUUUCGAUAGGGCCAGGAAUUUAGCCAUUGGAAUCGGGAUCCAGAAUUUUCCUGAGGGCCUUUCUGUCAGCCUCCCUCUUCGUGGUGCUGGAUUUUCCACCUGGCGAGCAUUCUGGUUCGGCCAGUUGAGUGGCAUGGUAGAGCCCGUAGCGGGGAUCUUGGGCGCCUUCGCCGUGGUGCUGGCCGAGCCCAUCCUGCCCUACGCCUUGGCCUUCGCGGCCGGUGCCAUGGUUUACGUGGUCAUGGAUGACAUCAUCCCGGAAGCCCAGACCAGUGGUCACGGGAAACUGGCCUCCUGGACCUCAGUGCUGGGUUUCGUGGUUAUGAUGUCACUGGACGUCGGUCUGGGCUAGGGGCCGGACCCCAAGACCCCAAACUUGGCCGAAUCCCAAGUAGCCACGACCCGUUGGAACGGCACCAGGAAUAUUUUCCUUCGCGUGUGGUUUUAAAAUCCCCCCCUCUCCUCUUCCCAGUUGGUCUCGGUGUUUCGAUUGUUUCUGAUUAUACUUUUGAUUUUUCUCGUUUUUCUCUUGGCCCAAAGUCCUGAGGUGGAUGAGAAUCUUCAGUCGGAUAUAGGUCUGAGUCGGGGGUGACUUUUCUCACUUGAAUCGGGGACCUAUCUCCCCUUCGUUUAGAAUCGGGCCGCUGUAUCUCAACUCCCCCUCGCCCCAGAGAGCAGGGGAGUGGUCUUGCCCGCUAGCAGCGUUGGGUCAGGGUCUUACGCAAACCUCCUGCUGUGGCAUUGGUGGAGGUCGUGUGUUUCCCCCUCCAACAAAACAGAUCAGAAAGAUCUGAAAGAAAGAUCUGUUCAGAAAGACUCGGCUUCCGACCCCCAAUUCUCUCACGAUCUCUGAUCCUGGCUCAGACUAUCGUCUUGGCCCUGGCCACUCACCGUAACAGGGACGCAACUGGAGAUUUUGUGAGGCCUUCGGACUGCUUGCUCCAUGACCCUUCGCCCCCCAGCCGGGAGAUAAGGUGAUGGGAAGAGAGGGUAAUCUGGGCAGAUGGGCUUUUAAGGAGAUAGGGUGGCUGUGGAAGCCGGGAUUCCCAUGGAAGAGGCUGUUUUUGGAGAGAUGUCUGGGAAGAUUUCAGAGCCUCACUGGCCCACUUCGGUCAGCAGUAACUCACUGACACUUCCCAAGCUUCCUUGAGCUUAGUCCAGUUGGGCUCCAGCUGUUUCCAGAAGGAAUCUGGGGAAAAACUCCUCUUCCUAUUACCUCAAUCCCCCGUUUGGCCAAAGAGUCGAGGGGGCGGUGGGUGUUGGAAUUGGCUUAUGGAAAACUUUGGGAGUCUUUUUGAUGCUCUCUCUCGUACUGCCUCUUAAUCACCAAGUGAGUCCUAUGACUCUUUUCCCGUCUUUCUUGAAGAUAGAUCGGAGAGGACAUGCAUCCUGGGGUCUUGAGCUCGCAGAAUGAUGUGUUGGAAGGAGAACAUUGUAAGAUCCCCAGCUCAGAGAUGUUGACCUCCCCAAAUUGUCCUCGAGCAACAUUACACAGGCGCUGCAUUUUGGGUUGCAGCAUCUGGUUUCAGGGUUGACCGUCUGAUUCCGAAGGUUUACAGGUUAAUGUCAUUGGCUAAUCAGGGAUAGGUCCUCUCUCGGAAUGUAAAUCCAUUCCUCCGGCCCCUCCAGGGACCGGACAACCCAAAGCCGAGACCCGUGUCUCUGGGGACUCAUUUGGUGAAGCGGAUCUGCUGGUGGUGGUUGUCUCAGUACUUCUCUGUCUGUAGUUCUACAGGAUAUGAAAUACACCUGGUUACUGUGAUGAAUUUCAAUAAAGGGGCAUGAAGAGUCUGUGUGGGCCCUUCACUAUUUGUAUUCUAGAAGCUUGGAAAAAAAUAACCCAUACUUUCAUGGGAUGGGGGAAAAUUUCUUAACAAUAAAGCAAUCAGUCAAUGGCA